GCUGCUGUGAUUGUUGCGCCGGUGCAUGUGCGCGCUCUCACUGCGCUUGCGCAGGUGACGAUACCCUGUCAUUGACUAAAAAGACUCGUGUUGGUCCGGUCUCCAAGUCAUCAUCUGGCGGACAGCGGCUGGAGCGUUCAUCAGUGAUUAUCCUACAGGAUCGCCUCUUGCUUUGGUUACGAUGACAUCGAGGGCGGGAGCAAGAGCCGCUGGAGCAACAGGCACAAGACCAGAUGGGAAUGACUUCAAACCCAAGGAGAGGAUGGGACCAUCCCACUACCAGAUAAGCGCCUCCUUCCGCUCUGAGAUCCGUUGGCUGACGCUGGUGCAGCUGUUGAUCUGGCUGCUGGUGGCGGCGCAGGUGGCGGUGACGCACCUGGAGCUGGUGUCGUCGGAGCUGGUGGCCGUGCCGUACCAGUGGGAGUACCCGUACCUGCUGAGCGUGGUACCCACCUUACUGGGCGCGCUGGCGCUGCCGCGCAACAACAUCAGCUACCUGGUCAUCAGCAUGAUCAGCUCGGGCCUGUUCUCGGUGGCGCCGCUGCUCUUCGGCGCCAUGGAGAUGUUCCCCGUGGCGCAGCAGCUCUAUCGCCACGGCAAGGCCUUCCGCUUCAUCUUCGGCUUCCACGCCGUCUCCGUCAUGUACCUGGUGAUGGUGGUGGCCGUGCAGGUGCACGCCUGGCACCUGUACUACAGCAAGAAGCUGCUGGACGCCUGGUUCGACUCCACCCAGGAGAAGAAGAAGAAGUGAGGAGGCGGAGGAGAGGACAGGGGGAUGAGUGGACAGAUGGGUGGAGGAGAGGAGCGAGGGAUGAAUGGACAGAUGGCUGGAGGACUCGGAGGAUUAUGCUGCUGC